GAAAGGGCUCGGCUGUACUCUGACGUUUACAGUACAAAUCAGCGCUUGAAAAAUUAUUAAAAUUUUGAUAUUAAUAUCAAAAUAAACCUUUUGAUUCUUCGUUCUUUAGUUUGAAAUUUUUAUAGAUUUCUUGAGCAAAAUUUGUGUAUACAGUAAGUGGCAUUUUGGGUGAAAAUGCCUACAGCUAGCGCUGCAUCAUGGGUGAAGUUUUUUUCGAAUGCUGGGAUACCCUCCCAAGCAGCAGCUGGAUAUGCUCAUGUUUUUGUCGAGAAUCGCAUACAGAUGGAUAUGUUGACCGAUCUCAACAAAGAGUAUCUGCGGGAAAUGGGUAUCACAACUAUGGGUGAUAUUAUCGCGAUUCUUCGUCACUCGAAACAUGUCAACGAGCAGAGCGCUCGAGACAGAGUAUUAUCAUCACCGGGUGAAGGAGAUCACGGAAACCUACCAGUGCCGGUUGCUGCGGUUCCAGCUACUCAGAGCUCCAUACCAAAAUCGGUUGUUUCUCGUCCGAGCUCCGCAGUGUCACUUCCAAACAAAUCUCGGCGUGUGUUACCAGAGCACCGCAUAACGCUGCCUGGAACAGAGAGAGAAUCAAGCAGUGGUCGAAGUGUCAAUGAUUCAUCACAAAAAAAGAUUCCUCUUCUAUCGACCGUCGGUAAUCUGAGUAAGAAAUCGGGCGUUUUCAAACGGCUUUCGCAUGAUUCAGAUGUGGAGGAUGAUGAUGUGAUUGGAGUUGAUACUUGUGCGUUACCUUCAAAAUUUGCCUCCAAAGUUGCGCUCAAACGUAUGGAACCGAUGAUAAAAAGCUCUAGCUCGAUAUUUUCCCGGCUAGGAGGAAAAGGUAAACGAAGCAUUUUGGAUGGACCUGCUGGGAUACUUAAAAAUUCGUCGAUCAAAGCGAUGCAUAUCGACCGCAAAGUUACUACGAGCGAUCAAAAACUGAUUUUAGUGAGAAAAAUUCCGGCCAAAGCGGUUAUAGUUUCCGACGACGAAGAUUUCGGGGAAACUCCCCCAAAACGCCGGCAUAGUUUUGAUCGCAUGGAAACAAACGAAGCGCAAAAGACUGUGUCAUUUUCCGAGGAAGAUGAAAUUCUAGAAAUCGCUCCCCGUCCACCAACCAGACCGUUUAUAAAAUCCGGACCGCGAUUGCGUUUCAACGAGCGAGAAGUUCCUGUUCGAGCACGGCUGGGUAAUUCGCCGAACAAGAAACAACUGAUAUCGCCAUUGCGUGGGCCAAAGAAAACGAUCUCUAUGAAACCGCAAAGAUCACCCGUGGGUAACGUGAGCACAUUGUCUCCGUCAUCCCUCAUGCGAUCGAAAAUGAAGUCUGAUGCCAUGCUUCUGCGGCGGGAAACGCCCAUCAAACACCGAUUGAAUUUAAACACACAAAGAGUUCCGCCGCAUAAUAGAGACGGCGACAGGCCAGCACCGUUCCAACGCAGCCGAUUCGAUUUGGACUCAAAGAUGGCAAAGUUGAAUCUGAAAAGACCGGGUGUAUCUUCAAAUAGGUAUCCAGCGAAAACCUCUUCUGGAAGUUCCUCCGGAAGCGUGUUUGAUCGGUUGGGUUACAACAAGAAGUAAAUAAACGUACAUUUGAAGUAUUGGACAGACCGACAAUGAGUGUAUUUUGAAAGUUGAAAUUAUGGUUUUAAUAUAAAUGUGCAACUUUACAUUUACCAACGGAACGAUUACUUAUCAGAAGGAAUUCGUUAUCGUAGUCCGUUGAAGAUUGACAACAAGAAUAUAUGCAUAACUAUGCUCUUAUCGAAUAAA